CUUUUGGUUAGCAGCCGAGCUCUUAACCACCACACCACCAGAACUCCAAAAUGUCUCCAGAUACUGCCAAAUGUCUCCUGGGGAGGCAAAAUCACUCCCAGUUAAGAACCACUGCUGUUUACACUUUUCCCUGUUCAGCGCGUCAGAUAAAGACAUCAUUGGCUUUUUCAGUGACAUUUUGUUUUUGGUAGUCAAUGAAGGGCGGCAGUUUGAAAGUUGUUAUAUACUGCUGUUGAUUAUCUGCCCAUGUUUUGCUUGAAAUAACGUGAUUGAUUAUGAAAAGUGUAUUUAAUAAAGCUGGAUACAGUUUGAGAAAAAUUGAUGAUUAAGGCAAGGAGAGGGAUGGUGGUAACUGGAGGCUGUGGCAGGGGAGACAGAGGUGGUGGUGAACCCGAUCACUAGUUCCAAGAGUGUUUUUGUUUAUAUCUAAGAUAGAAGCACUUGAAGACUUGUACAGGCAAGAGAAAGAGUUAACAGAUAGAGUGAUAUGCAUUGAUUUGUGUCUUCUAAAAAGAUAUGCUCAAGUCCUAUUCCCUGGUACCUGUGUAUGUUACCUUAUUUGGAAAUAGACUCUUUGCAGAUGUGAUUAGUUAACAUGAAAUCAUACCAGAAUAGGGUGGAUCCUGAUCUAAUAUGACUGGUGUCCUCAUAAAAAGAGGAGAAGAUACAUAGAGAGAGACACAGAGGGAAGCCAGCCACUUGAAGACAGAGGCAGAGAUGGGAGUUAUGCUGCUACAAGUCAAAGAGCGCCUGGAGCCACCAGAAACUGGAAAAGAUAAGGGAAGAUCUUCGCCUAGAGCCUUCAGAGAAAGCAUGGCCCUGAUGACACUCCGAAUUCAGACUUCCAUCCUCCAGAACUGGUCAACAGCCUCUAGAGACCUGGAGGAGCUGGUUGGUGCCCUUGGUGGGUCUGUGACUUUCCCUCUGAACAGCUCAGUAAAGCAGAUUGGCAGCAUUGUCUGGAUCUUCAACACAACUCUCUUGACCUUACAGCCACAAGAGCCAAACAAGUCAGCUGUUAUGAUCGUGACCCAAAGUCAUAAAAAGGAAAGAGUGAGCUUCCCAAAUAGAGGCUACUCCCUGACGCUCAGCAAACUGCAGAAGAAUGACUCGGGUAUCUACCGUGUGGAGAUACACAGCUUAUUCCAGCAGAGGCCCUUCACUCAGGAGUAUGUGCUGCGUGUCUACGAACAUCUAUCAAAACCCAAAGUCACAAUGGGUCUGCAGAAGAAAAAGAAUGGCACCUGUAUGACCAAUCUGACAUGCUCCAUGGAACAGGGAGGCGAGGAUGUGACUUAUAGCUGGAAGACAGCCAAUGAGUCCCAUGAUGGCUCCAUCCUCCCCAUCUCCUGGACACUGGGGGAAAAGAAUAUGACCUUCAUCUGCAUGGCCAGGAAUCCCAUCAGCAGGAACUUCUCAAACCCCAUCUCUUCCUGGAAUCUCUGUGAAGGUGCCGCUGGUGAAACAGACGCCCCCAAGUUUAUCCUGUACCUCCUGUUGGUGCCCAUCCUGCUCAUUGUCUUUGUACUUGGAUUCUUUACUUGGAGUGGGCAGAGAGACAGAGGAAAAGAGUUCACUGAAGAGAAGAAGGGAAUGGAAACACAUCAGGAAAUUCCUGACGUCUGCUCCCAUUCAGGAGUGAACACAGUGUAUGACACAGUCUCUUACCCUAAUAAAACGACCCCAGAGGAAGACCCAACACAUACGCUUUAUUCUGUCGCGCAGACGCACAAAACGGUGGAAAAACCCCAUUCACUGCCCAUGUCUCUGGACACACCAGGGCUAUUUACCUAUGAGAAUAUCAUCUAAACAGCAAUGCACACUCCUCGUGUCUCAUCCCAAAGAAAACAAGCAGAAGAAUUUACUGACUUUACCAGAAAUAUCAAGGAAGAAUAAGGAACAUUGAGUCUUCCAGAGUAAAGCUGACUCAGCAUUCCUGGGACCAUUCUUUAACCUCCUUCAGAUUUAAGAGUUCAAAAUUCUACCCACUGCUAAGAAAUCUCCUCAAACCCAGAAUGUGUAACUACUCUUUCCUGGAAAUGUGGCUUCCUGGAAGCGAACCCCAAGAAAGGGGCUUAGAGGUGUCCCUGUUGAAAUAGAAAUGCAGUGUCACACAUAUUAAUGACUGCCCCUGUCCUAUGUCGAGCCGGUGCAGCCAGGACUUGGAGGUCAGGAAUAUAUCAAGAGAUCAGGAAGGUCUGAACAGACAGACAUGUCCAGCAGAAGCAGACAUACGUUGCCGUUGAGUCAAUCCCGACUCAUAACGGCCCUGUAGGACAGAGUAGAACUGUACCAUAGGGUUUCCAAGGCUGUAAUCUGUACGGAAGCCGACUGCCACAUCCUUCUCCCGCUGAGCGGCUGGUGAGUUAGAACUACCGAUCCUUGGGUUAACAGCAGAGCACUUAAUCACUGGGCCACCAGAGCUCCUUUGAAGCAGACACAGCAGUUAGAAGUGGAUUAAUUGACUCAAAAAAUGUUGAGCAUCAGCUAUGAGCCUGGCACUGGGCUCAGCUUACACUGAUUGGUCAGACAAUGCUCUCUUCGCCCAUGAACUUGGCCCUUCAUCAACUACUUCCAUGGGCAGUCGCGGCAGCCAUGACCACAGAUUCCCAACACCCAGAGGGGUCAAGUGUGGAUCCACAGGAUUUGGGAAUCAAAGCACGAAGACUGAGAAGCCAGAUAGAAGACCAGAUUUGUCUGGAACCGUCAAUCAAGACUCAGAAGCAGUCAAGGCCAAGGACCACUGCCCCCAGCCUCAUUUACACCCUUGUGCUGCAAGUUAAGAAGCCCAGACCUUAAGGCCUGUACAUGAGACCAUCUCAAAGGGGAAACUGAGUCUAAACGCACACUUUGAAUCAAGGAUAAGAGGCCUGGAGCUGAGAAGUGGUGUUUACUUGCAAAACUUUAAAGUCACUUAAUUCAUUCAACAAGUAUUUAUUGGGAACCUUUGCCAGGUCAGUCCAGCCAACAGGAUGGUCAUGAUCCCUGCCCCCAUUGAGCUCAUCUUUUUAAUGAAGUGAAAAACAUUGCUUUUGAUGUAUUCUCUGAUAUAUAUCUUAAGUGGAGUUACUGGGAAGGGGUCUGAGGUCCCAGGUAUAGGGGUGGGAAGUAAGGGGUUAAAAUCUGUGAAAAAGAUAAAAUAAAUGGAAAAAAAAAAAAAAAAAACUUUCAAUAUAAGAU